GUUUUUCUUGGUUUGUUUGCCACGGAUGGCUAAUGAGAGUUGGCAGUAUGAAUUCUAUAAGAAAAUAGAAUUGUUGCAUAAUGCUCUCUCAGAUUUAACAAAAGUUGAUCUUUUAGUAUUCUGGUUAAUCAAUGCCCUCUUGUUCUUUUUUUAUUUAGUAGGAGUAAGUGGAGCUGGGUGCGGAGGGGAGGGAAGCAAGACGAGAGCUACAACAAAAUGUAUAUUCUAAAUACCCAGCAAGAUGGCCCAUCAUCUUUUUCAUUCACCAUCAUUAGGCUAGAUUGGUUUCCUGGGAGAUGUCCCAGCCAUCCAGUACAUUUUGCUGCCUGCAGCAGACGACAUGAUGGUGCUAUCCCCAUGUACAAAAGUAGGCUGGUUUUCUGAACACUCAUCUUUAAAACCAUUCACAUAUCCAGUGCCUGAGACAAGGUUUUUUCAUGCAGGAGCAAAUGUCUACAAAUUUAAGAUCAAAUAUGGCAACUCUAUGAGUGUUAAUAUUGAUUUUCAUGAAAGUAUUGUCAAUGAAGAACUACAGGAUGCUAUUCGAGUAAUACUUGGAAACCUUAAUGAUCUAUGCCCAUUUACUACUGAACACUUGAUAAUAUUUCCAUAUUUAAACCAAUGGGAAAAAGUGUCAGACUUGAGAUUCAUGCGCGGUGAUACGUUUCUUGUUCCUUAUCCUUACGUCUGCACUGUCUAUGUAGAAUUAAAUCUCUUGAAGCAUGGUGCAUUGUGGGGUAAAGCAGGAUGUAGGGAGGCCUGUAACUCUGACAGCAGUGAAAGUGACCAAAGAGAUAAAGUGGACACAGAAAGAACCAUUAAGUGGAGGAGACUUGAAGACACAGUAGAAAUUUCACAUCCACGGAUAUCCAGGGGCAGAAAUGUGACUAAAAAUACAACCUGUAUUCAUGACACAGCCAAGCUAGAAGUUGGCUUUGAAAACAAGAGACUUCGGGAAGACGCAGUUUAUCCAACUCUGGUAUCAAAUGUAUUUUAUUUAUUUUUUACAUUAGAUCGAGAUUGAAUCUGUUGAUAUGACUAUGUGCAGGAGCAUUACCUUCCACCAGAAGCUUUGAUAGCAAAUAUUGCAACACAUCAUUGAUUCCAACCAUGGUUUUAGCAUGGCAUACAUGAGGAAGAAAGAAGCCUGGUAGAGUAGCAAUGCAGAGUAGGGAAAUUGUGGGCAGGAAAAAAGUUAAAUACUCUCCUCAAAUUCCACAUAUCCCAGUUUGAAAAUACAAAGCGACUUACACACAUUUGCAUGGAAGGGUAGUUAGGUUCUUAAUUACAUAACACCAAACUUCUAGUUUGAAGGCACAAACAAGUGUGAGCUGGAUAUACAUCAAGUACUAACCCUCUGACAAAGAAACUUCACAUAACUUGUUUUCCAUGCAUUUGUAACUGAUUGUAUUUUUGUGAAGAUAUGAAAUAUAUUUCCUUCUUCUUCCCCUUUUCUUGUGCUUCCCAUCUUUAAUGUUAUAUAUAUUGAUUUGUUAAAUUGGUAUCCCACCAUUCCAUCACCAAAUUGUGAACAAAAUAUGAAGUAAGAAGCGUAAAAGCAGGGCAACUAAAGCAUUUCAAUAAAACCACUUUAAGUCAAUUGUACCAUCUUUACAAUGGCCAUAAGUAGCCAGCUUAUGGGUGAUAUGCCUGUCUGAAUAAAAACAUACUUGUCUUCUGGUGGAAGGUCAUCAAAAACAGGGCUAGCUGGGUCUCUCUAAGCAAGGUGUUCCAGAAUCUGGGAGCAGCCACCAAGAAAGUCU